AUGGCAGCAACCACAGCAGCAGCAACCAGGCCCCGGAGGCCUUGGUCCGCGCUCCCGCUCUUCGCCCGCAUCGAAGCGCCGCAGCAGCAGCUCCCACCCAUCAGCGAUGCGGCGAGCAUCUUCCGCGACUUCUCGUGGCCAGACGGCUCUGCGGUUGCGUUGUCGUCUUCGUCCGGCUUCAACACGCUCGACCAGGCGCCGCCGCCGCCGCUCUCGUCAAUAACGACGACACCAAGCCCCGUUGCAGCAGCAACAUUGUUAUCGUCAACGUCUCCCACCGCCCCACUACCCCGACCGCGGCUCCAGCGCCAUCGAGCGGCCAGUAGCAGCCAUAGCAGCCGUUCCACGGACGACGGCCCCGGCGCCUCGUCGAUCGAGGGCGCACCGGCACCAGCACCGGCACCAGCACCAAUACCACUCGGAGACGCGGCCACAGAAGACGCCCACUCCUCCUCCGAGCAAGCAGCAAACUCAUCCGCAGCCGUCCUCGCCGCCCUCGGCAUACCACUGCCGCCCCUCAACAGCUCCUCUUCCUCCUCUUCUUCCCCGCCGCCGAGGGCCUGGCGCUGCGCUUUCCCCGGCUGCUCGUCGCGCGUGGCCUUCACGCGCGGGUGCGACCUGCGCAAGCACCACCGGCGGCACUCGCAGCGCUGGUUCUGCCGCGUCGACGCUGCGUGUCCGCGGUCGGCGGGUCGCGGUGCUGGUGGGGGCGGAGGAGGUGAUGACGAUGAUGCGGGACGGCGGUGGUGGUUUGCUAGCAAGAAGGAUCGGGAUAGGCAUGAGGCGAAGCAUUGUCCGAGGAUACGGUUGCCGGGCACCCCACCUGGAAAUGAGCUCCUCUGA